AUGGGUCCACAGAUUCUCCAACACCCACUGGCGAGAGCUGAUGGCUCAACCGUCUUCUCCGACGACCUCUACACCGUCAUCGCGGGCGUCAAUGGCCCUGUUGACGUGCAGCGCCGAGAUGAAUUGCCAGACCAAGCGGCCAUCGAAGUCAAUUUGCGCCCUACGUCUGGAGUCGGCGGACCACGAGAACGAUGGCUCGAGACCGUGAUACAGUCGGUUUUGAAAAGCAUCGUCCUCGUGCACAUGCAUCCGCGCACUCUCAUUCAGGUGACGCUACAAAUCACGAAAGAGCCGGCCACGAAAUUUCGCAAGACCACGACUGACAUUUCGACCUUGCCUGCGUUGCUCAAUGCUGCCUUUAUUGCGCUUGUGGACGGGGGCCUCCCAAUGGCCACGACCAUGAGCGCCGUAUUGGCUGUCGUGGCCACGAACGGUGAGACGAUCCUGUCGCCGAAUGCGAAUGCAAUCCAGAACAGCAGCAGUGUGCAUGCUCUGGCUUUCAACAAGAACGGAGAGCAGAUUCUAUCACAGUCUGCAGGGCGAUUCGAUUUUGAUACAUGGAAGCGAGUGGUGGAUGCAGCCCAACAGGCA